AUGCCCCCCAAAGCCGCUCGUGGAGCGGCUUCGACCCGCGGAGCGGCCUCGACCCGUGGAGCCCGCGCUGACUCGACCACUGCCACUGGCGCAGCCGCAGGACAAAACACCCCCGCGGGAACUGACGCACCCGAACCCGCAAAUCGACCAUCCGUGCAACGUCUCAAGACCACGAAUAAGCGCACACCGUCUGGCAGCAUUGGACCGGCCAGUCGACCCCCACCUGCACUCGGCGGGGAGCCAGUCAAACCAGUUAUGAAACACAGACCCAAGGCCGUUGGGCGUCGCAGCAAGCAAGAACGAGACGAAAUCGAAAGACUUGAGAAAGAGCGCCAUAAUGAACGUCUGAAGGAAGCGGCGGCUAUUCAGCGCGGUCGUGGCGGGCCUCGUCGGGCUGGAUUCCGUGGCCGCGGUGGUCCUAUGGCCAUGAGCAUGGGAGGAGCAUUCGGAGGACGAGGCGGCAAGCGCGGUCGCGGUGGCUUCGGCGGAGGCGGCGGCGGUGGUGGCGGUGGAUAUGGUGGUGGUGCAGGCUCAGGGCGCAACCGAUCUGGUGUCACCGGAGGUCAUCGUGGGCGCGCAUAUGACUCUUCCGACGACGAGGACAAUGCACUUCGCAUUAGCAUUGAUCAAAUCAACCUUGACAGCGAUGAGGAAGAGUGGGACGCGCCCAAGGACCCCAAAGGAAAGCAACCCAGCAGGUCACAAACCGAUCGUGCACUUCGUCCAGUCCGUCUUGAGAGGCAUGAGCACGAGGAGCGCGUCAUCAGUGUUAACAUGGAGUCGAGCUCUGCUCGAGCUGCCGAUCUCCGCAAAAAGGCAGAGAACGAGAAACAGGCCACUACGAAGGAUGUUACCAAGACGCCGACAAAAGUCAAAGCGGAACCUCGAGAUGAUGACGCAUCUAUGGCUGGUAAUAUUCCUCAAGCAGAUGAUGAUGGCUUUUUACCGGAACACAACGUCCGCGUGCGCUCUGUGACUAUGAGCCCCACAAAAAGAGAUACCACAGAGCCCCAAUCAUCACCAACCACGCCUGAACCCAAGCCAAUCGACCCGCGCAGUCUUCUGCACACAAAGGAAGAAAUUGACGAAUAUGACCGCCACCAGGACGACCUGUCUAUCAUCAAGGAUCUUCUUGUCCCCAAGCCGCCCAAGACUACCACGGGAGCAGAUGCUACUGAAGGUGCCACAGAGGGCGAGGCGACAACAUCAGAGGGACAUGAUGAAAACAAACCUAGCGAAGAAGAAGAGGAAGACAAUCCUCUUCUGGGUCAACUGUUCCUCAUGCAGUUCCCACCCAUGACCCCUAACCUCAGAGUUGCCGGCGCCCCGGCAGAGGAUCAACAGCCAUCCAUAGAGGCGACCGCGGACACGGAACCGGCACUCAAGACUGAGCCUGAAGUCAAGCGGGAGGCAGGCGACGAUGUGGAGAUCGUGGAGAACACCCAACACACAGAACCACAACGGACAGAUCUGAUCACAGCUGGAAAACCAUGGUCACUCCCAAGUGGUCGGGUCGGCAAGCUGAAUGUGCACAAAUCUGGUCGUGUGACUUUGGACUGGGGUGGCAUUAGCAUGGAGCUGGACCGCGGUGCACCCGUCGGCUUUGUCCAAGAGGCUAUGAUUGUCUCGCCAACUGUUGGACAGGAUACCGAGGCACACAACGAGGAUGGAUCAGACAAUAAGGCUUGGUCAAUGGGCCAAUUGUCUGGCAAGUUUACCCUUACGCCUAACUGGGACAAAAUUCUUUAA